AUGUCGUUAAAAGCCGAGUGGAUCCCAAUGGCAUCCUCGCCGUCCCAACGAAUCUCUCCACGUCGAUCGGGUCAUACUGCAUUUACUACUACUACACCAUCGUCGACUGCCUUUGUGUUUGGUGGAUACAUUGAAGAAGAUCCUGCCAAAGAAGGCGACAUGCCAUUUCGUGAUGUCCGCAAUGAUUUGUGGAAAUGGAAGGACGGUGCGUGGCAGCUACAAUCCCCUUCCGGUGAUAUCCCGGGUCCACGAUUGGCCACUGCGACCGCCUGUGACAAUGACAACAACAAGGCGUAUCUGUUUGGAGGAUGGGAUCCUCAAACACCCGGUACAGGAGGCAUCAUUCUAGAUACGGUCCACUGCUUGGAUUUGGACUCUCUGGAAUGGAACCAAUUGGCAUGUACUCUUCCCGAUGGACCUACCAGUCGACAUGUGGCAGUGACGUUGAACCAACAAAACAAAAUACUCCUUCACACAUUUCGAUGUAUCGAUCAUGUGUGGAUCUUUGAUCCAAACACACAAGAAUUCACACAACAAGCCACUACCGGCACCAGUCCGGGCAGUUUAGGUCUGCAUACCGCCACAAUGCUGGACGACACGACCCUGUUGGUAUGGGGUGGAGCCACCAAAGAUGGCAGCAUGACCAAUCGAGCGUUUCUACUCGAUACCGAAACAUGGAAUUGGACCCCCAUUGCGAUCAUGGAAGAAGAGUGUCCUUCGGCACGUGCUGGGGCAUGUCUCGGCACGUACAGUUCCACCUGUGCCAUUCUCUUUGGAGGAGCCGAAACCACGCCCACUGGCUUGAAUCCCAAGGGAGAUGUUUGGGCCUUGCAUAUUAUUCCACAGCAAGAAGACAACAACAACAAGAACAGCGACAAUACUGAGGGACGGUGGGAAAAGCUUUUGGAAGAAAAAUCAAGUAGUGACGAUGAUGCUUGUCCCGAGCCGCGAAAUGCAGCCACGUUGACACCCGCCGUUGCUACCGGUAGUGCGGAUGACUGCCAAGAGUUUCUCAUGACGGGUGGGUGGGCUCCAUUUCGGCAAACAUGGGAUGAUGUCUUUGUGCUCCGCCUUAGUGAGUGA